UUAGUCAUUUUCUCUCUUGCAGGUGACUGAGGAUGUUUCUCACAUCCUACUACUGGUUUCGUUGUCCCAAGGAUUUCAUUUGAAGGGCGGGGCACUCCAUUACUUCCCUCCACCCCAACCGGAGUCUGAAGUCUGGACCAAUGAAAGCUUAGAACCUCGUUUACUGGCACUAAGCACUGGCACUAUUUAAGUGUUAGCAGGAAUGGGCUGUGAGCAUCGGCUUUCUCCACAAAGGGGCACGCUAUCAUCCGAUCUGUGGAACCGCUGAGCUGAAGAGAGGGAACAGAGGAAAGCCUGCAGGACUCCUGGUGCCACUAUGUGCUAUGUAAAGUGUGCAAGAUACAUCGGAUACUCUCUGGUGUGGGCUGCUGUCUUCUGCAUCGUAGCUAAUGCUUUGCUCUACUUUCCUAAUGGGGAGACAAAGUAUGCUACAGAGGACCACCUCAGCCGUUUCGUGUGGUAUUUUGCCGGCAUUGUAGGCGGAGGCCUGCUGAUGCUCCUGCCAGCGUUUGUGUUCAUUGGGAUGGAUGAAGAGGACUGCUGUGGUUGCUGCGGCUAUGAAAACUACGGCAAGCGAUGCUCGAUGCUUUCUUCUGUACUGGCUGCUCUGAUUGGAAUCGUGGGAUCUGCUUACUGUGUCAUUGUGGCAUCACUGGGUUUGGCAGAAGGACCAAAGUGCAGCGAUGCCAAUGGAGUAUGGAAUUACACUUUUGCCAGCACUGAGGGACAGUACCUUCUGAAUUCCUCUAUGUGGUCCAAGUGCUAUGAGCCCAAGCAUAUUGUGGAGUGGCAUGUGACUCUAUUUUCUAUCCUCUUGGCUUUUGCCGCAGUUGAAUUCAUCUUGUGUCUCAUUCAAGUAAUAAACGGAAUGCUCGGAGGCUUAUGCGGCUAUUGCUGCUCUCGCCAACAGCAAUAUAACUGCUAAAAAAGAACACAAGACAGAAGGGCGUGCUUCCUGUAUUUCACUGUAAUUUGUAUAUUUUCCCUGUGUUGUGAGACUUUGCACCUUGUGCCACAUCCCACCCUUUCUGCUUUUGUAAGGAAAUGUGCUGACAUCAGCACAUGAUGUCAGUGUCUACAUUCACAAACCAAACAAGGCAGCAAACUGCACUCUCUCCGAAGGGAUUUUACAGACUUAAGGACUGUUCUCAGCAUAGCUGAGAUAAACUCUUCAGUGUUUGAGAUAAAAAUCAGAGCUAACUAUUGUGCAUAUGUGCAUUUUUUUUUAAUAAAAGAUCUCCGAUUUCCUUUUUAAGACCAAGAAGGACCAAAAUAAAAAAAAAA